AUGCCAGGGCGAUCCUUCCGUAUUCUAGGCUACACCACGUUGGCGACCGGCAUCACCAGCUACAGCGUUCACCGCGGCCUUAGCCACCUGGAAAGGAAAUACCCAGCCCUUCCCCAUUCAACGGGCAGCCAGGCGCUACAAACUCCGCAAGAUCCUCUCACCCAGCACUGCGCAUACACCGACAUCUACGCAGCGACAAUCCCACUUUCAGCCCUUCAAGCCCGAAUCCCAAGCACCGAAACCCCAACGAAGAUCGAGCUCGAAAACGCCUGGGCCAGAUCUGUAUUCAACAGCAAGGUCCUACGAGCAGAGGGCCUGCUGAUUGGUAUUUUUACUCAUUUCAACCUGACGCCAUGCGAUACAGGCGACUCCGAGUAUGGGUUCUCGCCUGACAAGACCGGAGCCCCGCGUGUGCUGCUCAACGGCGGACUACUUGUUCAGCGGGUUCCGGGUGCUGAUUCGGACAGCAAUGGACUACUUGUUUCGAUGAAGUUACCUGACGAGCCACGGGUGUUCUUUGAAAAGAUCGCGAGAUGGGGAUAUCCCUGGCGGUUGAUGACUUGUGUGCGGCACGAGAUGAGUGUGUCUGAACCGUUUGAAAUUGAAGGAAGGAAGUUUGUUGAUGUGCGAUUUGCUACCGCUCAUGAUUAUGAAGUUGUUGAUGCAGAGGGGGGUUGGAACAGCAGAAGGUUAUCCCCAAUUGGGUCUUGA